UGCUUCAAUCUGAAAAGAAGGGGGGAAAAAACUUGUUCGUCAGUGAAAAACAGUUGAUUUUCUUUUUUUCUUCUUUAUAAAGAACUAGUAAUCAAAUCGAAUGGCGGGAAUAUGCUGUGAAGUUGUUGGAGAAAGUGAAGCAGCGGCUCCGGUUGAACCAACUUCAAGAGCUUCUCGUCGCCGGAGAAUGGAGCUUCUACCGUUUAAAUUAGUGGCCGAAGCUGCUGUUCUACCGCCGUUAGAGAACGGCCGGAAACGUCAAAAGCUCGAUCUCGUUCGCCCGACUUCUCGUGAUUGUGAUAACGCUGUUCAAAACUCGGAUACUGAUAAGCUUGAGAAAGAUCAAGAACUUAAUGGAAGUCUAAAUUUUAAUGGAGCAGUAAAAUCAGGAGCCGUAGAAGAAGAAAAGGAAUCGCCGAAGUUCGGCAUGACAUCCGUUUGCGGAAGGCGACGAGAUAUGGAAGACGCCGUUUCGAUUCACCCUUCGUUUUGCAAACAAAGCCGGCAAGUUCAAAUGUCGUCGGAUGUUCACUUUUACGGCGUCUUCGACGGCCAUGGCUGCUCUCAUGUUGCUAUGAAGUGUAAAGAUCGAUUUCAUGAGAUAUUGAAAGAAGAAAUCGAAGCGUGCGGCGGACAGAAGGCGGUGGAGUGGAAGGGGACGAUGGAGAGGAGCUUUGAGAGGAUGGAUGAGGAAGUUCAAAAAUGGACGCUGGACGCUAAGGAGCGUUCAAGUUGCCGAUGCGAACUUCAAACUCCACAGUGCGACGCCGUUGGCUCCACCGCAGUGGUUGCUGUCGUUACGCCUGAUGAGAUCAUCGUUGCUAACUGUGGUGAUUCGCGCGCUGUUUUAUGCCGGAACGGCGUCGCUUUACCUCUUUCCGACGAUCACAAGCCGGACCGACCCGACGAAAUGCUCCGAAUCCAAGAAGCCGGUGGCCGAGUAAUUUACUGGGAUGGUCCUCGUGUUCUUGGCGUGUUAGCCAUGUCCAGAGCAAUUGGGGAUAAUUAUUUAAAACCCUUUGUUAUAUCGGAACCUGAGGUGACAAUAACGAAGAGAAAAAGGGAAGAGGAGUGUUUGAUAUUAGCGAGCGAUGGGUUAUGGGAUGUGGUACCAAAUGAUACAGCAUGUGGAGUUGCGCGUAUGUGUUUACGCGCUGAAAAAUCGGUGUCACCGAGUAGUGAAGCGGCUGUGAAGGGUGGCACAGCCGAGAGUUCCGACAAGGCCUGUUGGGAUGCUUCAAUUUUAUUAACAAAAUUGGCCUUGGCCAGGCACAGUACGGAUAAUGUUAGCGUUGUUGUGGUUGAUUUGAAGAAAAAUCAGCCGCUGUGAUGAAAAUAAAUAUAAUUAUUAUCCUGAAAAUAUAUUGUAUUUUUUAAUUGCAAGAUGUAAAGUUUAAUCGAAAUUCGAAGAAAAGAAGAAAUGGGUGUGAAGUUUUU